AUGGAUUUCAUCCCUGAUUCAGAGAUCAGUGCUCUGGCGACACACAAAUUUCAAUCCGCCGGCUACACCUGGCUGGAUGAAAGGAUGGAUCCAUUUUGGUCUAGCGUCGCACAACGAAUUCCGAGGUAUAUUUCGCCGAACCUUAUUUCGGUCCUGGGUGGAUUUUGCUGCGCGCUUGCUGCGGUCUUUACAGUCCUAGCGAAUCACAUCCGGUGGAUUCCGCUGUAUUUCGUGGGGCCCUUUCUGAUAUUCGUAUACAUGACCUGCGACGCCGUGGACGGGAAGCAUGCGCGGCGGACCAAGCAAAGCACCCCGCUUGGGGCUGUGGUCGACCACGGCAUCGACGCAUUCUGUGCCUUUACGACGGGGAUCGCUGUGGUUGUCACAGCCGAUCCCGAGCUGAAGGAUCCCCGGCUAAUGCUGGCCUUUUGCCUGUUUCAUGGCUCCUGGUUCUGCGCUCAGUGGGGCGAGCUAGUCCUGGGUUCCUUGGAUCAGCGCGGGAUCACUGAGGGCGAGUUUGCCUCCAUGGCUGUUAUUGCGCUGCCGGGGAUCUUUGGCCCAGAUGCUGCCAAGUCUCGUAUACCUGCUUGGGUCCCUUAUUUUCGAAACCAGCCCAUCCUCGAUCCUGUAAUGAUUGGAGUCAUCGUUGUUUGUGGUGGCGUUUGCCUGUCCUUUGCUUUGCGCAUCUUCCUGAAAGUACAGGGCCUGGACCGGCUCAGGGCCGCAUUUCCUCUCGUCCACUUAGCUGUGCACACCAGCGCUGCCAUGCAGCUGGCCACUUCUCCACUUCGGCCACAGUUUCCUCUGCUCACCUUCACGGUAGUUGGCAUGAAUGCCGCGCUUCUGAUGACGAAGAUGCGCUUCAUGGCCACAUUUCGCGUUCCCUGGCCAGCGCUGCACUGGGAGGCACUACCCUUCCUGGCCGGGAGCGGAGUCGAGGCCUUGGGCUUCAUGAUCGGAGCUGGUGGAUGGCUCCUCAUCGCCCUUCUCGAGCUGGCCUUGCUUCUGGUGAUGUGGGAUCGGCUCCUGCGUCGUAUCUGCAGCCGUCUCAAUGUGCCCUUCCUCGCUGAGGUGCCUUUGAAGGACGGCUAG